AUGUUCGGGAGCUUGACGGUGGAGCGGGCUCGGCAGCUGCUUCAAGAGACAUGUGGCAAUUUGGAGGAGGCGAUUGAGGUGGCGUUCGAGGAGACCAACGACAUGCCAACUGCCUCAUCUUCAAGCUCAGACUUACUCGAGCCGAAUAAUCUUAGCCCAUCCGAAAAUGGCUGCCCCUCACCGGAUCAUCUCGACCCAUCCCAAAACGGUUGCCCUUCGCCGGCGCCCAGUUCGUCGUCCGUUGCGGCCGCAUAUCGUUUCCUUCUAAAUGACGCCCCGUCGAAUAGGCCGGAACGAGCGAAUACAGAGUAG